AACAUAAAUUAGAGAGGGCUACAGGUGAGGGUGCCUCACGUCCUCGUCAACACAACCCUCUUUGACUACCGCCUGUAAAACAUUGGUCACUAAACACACCCCAGAUAUUGGACCUUGGAAAUGUCAUGAGAUAUGUGAUUUUCAGUGUUCAUUGUCUGGAUUGUAAUAAUCGUUUACGACUCUUCAAUCAGAGAUAGUGCAAGUUAAUAGACAUUUGGCAAAUAUGGCGUCUUCAUCUGUACUUGUUUGGACAUCCUUGCUGCUUGUGGUUUUGUUUCAAGUAGUUGAGAGUGAUGAUCCUCCGACGACAACGUUGUCCCCGAGCUCCGGGGGGAGCAGAGGAUUCUCCGGAAUGUCCUUUAGGGGCAAUGGGCAGUUUUUUGUCCGUAACUUAGGCAGAAAUCACGGUUUUAAUAUACCUUACGGCCAAAUGGCACAACAAUACAUGACAUAUCAGCGUCCACAGUACCGUACAGUUCGCUACCGGAUGCCCACGAUUAGGCAGUUACAGGUUGUGAGAAUACCCUAUUUCUAUCCAGUGUAUUACCCAUAUGUGCCACCUCCUCUAAAAUAUUUCUACACAAACUUUGAGGGAGGGAAUGGGCAAUAUGAUUUUGCUGCCACUGACGGCUCCGUAGGGAACAGGAGAGGUGAAGGAGGGUCCUUAGUGAAUUUCGGAAGUGGAGGUCAGGAUCGGGUGAUGGAUUUUGGUGGUAGCGGAUCCAUGGUUUCUAUGGCACAGCAGCAACAGCAGCAGCAGCAGCAGCAGCAGCAGCAGCAGCAGCAGCAGCAACAACAACAACAACAACAGCAGAUGCAACAACAACAGCAACAGAUGCAACAACAGCAACAGAUGCAACAACAGCAACAGAUGCAACAACAAGCAGCUUUCGCGAGUGGAAAUGCCGCUGGACAAAAUGCAAUGACAAGUCACUGGGCCAUGAAAGGAGUACAUAUUGGUGGAAGCAGUUCAGGAGGAAUGGCGGGAUCGUUUGGGCAAUUCUCUGGUACUUCUGGAAUGCAGGGCAGUCCCGGUUUUGUUCCUCCGGUGGGUGGUCCUCUUGGACAAAACUUUUCCUAAAGAAGCUCCCACUUGUAUCUCUUUUUGCAUAAAAUAUCUGCAAUAUCCGUGUAUUUGAACACAAUUAAAAUGUUCUUAGCUUCCAUGUUAUGUAUAAGUAUACCUGAUAGUUUAUGAUUGUGUUGUAAUCGUUGGGAGCAGGACAUCAAGUAUGGGGCAGUUUUCUUCAUUCACGACUGAAAGAUUUAAUGUUUUUGAAGACAACUGAUAUCAUUGAUAGGUAUCUCAAUUUUUUUCAAGAUAUCUUAUUUCCGCGGGUUCAUUCUAUUCUCGAUAGUAGCGAACAUUUAAUCUAUAGUAGUAAUUAGCUCUUCUUGGCCAUGAAAAUAGUACAAAGUAAGGGUUCUGGCGCAGGGUCACCCGAUGCAAUCCUAAUUUACAGUAAAGGCGUGAUUAAAAACAAAAUCCUGCUGCUGCUGGGGCAAUACAUCAUCUACUGACUGCUUCAUUACUGUUAUGGAGAUGGAGUCACCAAGCAGCAGCAACCAUCCUACAUAGGCAUUAUGAAGCAGUUAAUAGAUGAUGCGCCAACAGCAGCUGGAGUUUGUUUUAAUCACCCCUUUACUUCAAAGCUUGGAUGACCUGGCAUAAACGAAUUGUUUACGGAAGUCAGCCAUCAUAAAAAUUAUCCGUCAUUGUCAUCAACAAGAACCUCUAUUCGUUCUUUUGGUGUUAUUUCAUAGAAUACCGGUUCAUUCCGGGGUGCCACCAUGGGGUGGAAAAGGGGGUCACCAGAAGACCCUCUACCCGUGACAUUAUCGGUACAACUCUGCUCCCCUCCUUGUUGUCAUAGAGGGUACCACCAGAGGGGCGGUAAGGAUUUUAUAGGGGUCACUGGAUGAUUCCGCCAGAACUCUAACUUUUGACUACUCCUGGAGCUCUUUGUCCGGAACAUCCAAAUUUCAUGUGUUAUGAAUACUUAAAAAAAAUGAAAUACGACAUUGUCAAUAGAUUGAAUGAAGAUAUGUAAAUUCGAUAUUUGAUGUGAACUUUGAUCUACGUUGAAAUUUUCCUGCAUGGAAUUACGAAUGAUGUCGGAAUAGGGAAACCCGAACAAAUACAGCUACAUGUCAAGCAUCUAUUUUCUUUAUAGAAUUAUAAUAAUAUAUUAUUAGAAGAAUUGUACGAAAGAUAUAAAAUGAAUAAAAUUGAAGAUUCUUA